AUGUCUCACUCACCAAUGCAAACCUGUCCAUGCCACGCCCCAGGCGACGAUCCCGCAGAAAUUACAACUCUGCAUCAAGCAGCUUUUCACCAAAACAACCAACGACUAGAAGACCUUCUACACGACGGCGCUGAUGUUUCGGCAACGCAAACGCCACGCGACUUCACACCGCUUCACUACGCCGUUCAGUUCGGCGACGAGAAAGCUGUGCAGAUAUUCAUUGAAGCCGGGUCCAAUGUCUCUGCAGCAAGCUACGAUGGGGUCACGCCGCUACACAACACAGCCGCCGGUGGAGAUGUCAAAAUCACUAAGAUGCUCUUGAAGGCUGGGGCAAGUUUUGAUAGUCGCAAUAUCGAUGAAGAAACGCCUCUGCACGUGGUCUCGUUGUUUGGAGAGACACGAAUCGCGAAGGUUCUCAUAGACGCUGGAGCGGAUGUUUCGGCCAAGGACUGCUACGGAAACACGGCUUUGCAUAUUGCUACAUCCCAUGAGCAUGUUGGCAUUGUCCAACUACUUCUUGACGCUGGCGCUGAUGUAAAUGCCGUGAACAAUAAUGGCGAUCCAGUGCUGCAUCAUGCACGAAGCGACGGACCAGAAUCUGUCAAGCUUCUCAUUCGACAUGGAGCAGACAUUCACCUCAAAGGGGAAGGCGGCGAUACACUUCUGCAUCGUGCUGCGCAAAGUUCACCUGCGCUUGCACGAGACUUGCUUAAAGCCGGGAUUGAUAUUGAAGCGAAAAACAAUGAAGGAGCAACAGCUCUUCACAUUACUGCAGCAUACGGGGAUUUUGAAUCACUGGAGGUUCUAAUUGAUAGUGGAGCCAACAUCAAGGCCACAAACAACGAUGGUGAGACGGCUCUGCAUCUAAUAACAGGGAACCCUUCGGCGCCGUAUCUCGGCAGCGGGCGUGAUUCAGACAAGAAGGCAAAGUUUUUGAUCGAUUCAGGAGCGGAUAUCGAGGCUAAGACAAAGUUUGGAAAGACACCUUUGGACUAUGUGGUUGAUUGUGGCCGUGAGGCGGUUGAGAAAGUCCUUCGCGAGAUGAGAGCGUAG